GAGGACUUUGAAUUUUUCCGACGUAGUGGCUCGCUACUGCUCGACUCCCUUCGGCAUACACGAGACUGCAUCCAACAGUUGGCCAGGAAAGUCGAGCUGGUUGAGACGCACCUCGGCGUGGUUUACGGCGUACCCUAUGCCGGAGCACUUGACCUUUGCAAGCCAGAUGACAGUGGCCACGGCCAGGGCCAGUGAAAAGAGGCAGCAGGCAACUUGA